AUGGCAGAGAGGAAGGACAAUUGGGAUCCUUACAGAGUCACCCUGGAGCUUACCUGCGACUUCCGAGAUGACCGAGGCUAUGCUGGGUCCUCUACUUUAGGGUUUCCGAGGCUGUGGUUAAACCACCAGUCUAUACAGCCUAUUAGAACUGGCUUUUGUCUGGAGCCCUGCAAGGAAUCCGGGGACCUGAGGAAACACCAGUGCCAAAGCUUUUGUGAGCCUCUCUUCCCCAAGAAGAGCUACGAAUGCUUGACCAGCUGUGAGUUCCUCAAAUACAUCCUGUUGGUAAAGCAGGGGGACUGCCCGGCUCCUGAGAAAGCCAGUGGAUUUGCGGCCGCCUGUGUUGAAAGCUGCGAAGUUGACAAUGAGUGCUCUGGGGUGAAGAAAUGUUGUUCAAACGGGUGUGGACACACCUGCCAAGUACCCAAGACUCUGUACAAAGGUGUCCCCCUGAAGCCCAGAAAAGAGUUACGAUUUACAGAACUGCAGUCUGGACAGCUGGAGGUUAAGUGGUCCUCGAAAUUCAAUAUUUCUAUUGAGCCUGUGAUCUACGUGGUACAAAGAAGAUGGAAUUACGGAAUCCAUCCUAGCGAAGAUGAUGCCACUCAUUGGCAGACAGUGGCCCAGACCACAGAUGAGCGAGUUCAACUGACUGACAUAAGACCCAGCCGAUGGUACCAGUUUCGAGUGGCUGCUGUGAAUGUGCAUGGAACUCGAGGCUUCACUGCCCCCAGCAAACACUUCCGUUCUUCCAAAGAUCCAUCUGCCCCACCAGCGCCGGCUAACCUCCGAUUGGCCAACUCCACCGUCAACAGUGAUGGGAGUGUGACCAUCACUAUAGUUUGGGAUCUCCCUGAGGAGCCAGACAUCCCUGUGCAUCACUACAAGGUCUUUUGGAGCUGGACGGUCAGCAGUAAGUCUCUUGUCCCAACGAAGAAGAAGCGGAGAAAGACUACGGAUGGGUUUCAAAAUUCUGUGACCCUGGAGAAACUCCAGCCAGACUGUGACUAUGUUGUGGAAUUACAAGCCAUAACGUACUGGGGACAGACACGGCUGAAGAGUGCGAAGGUGUCCCUUCACUUCACAUCCACACAUGCAACCAACAAAGAACAGCUUGCGAAAACUAGAAAAGGUGGAAUUCAAACACAACUCCCUUUUCAAAGACGACGACCCACUCGCCCGCUGGAAGUUGGAGCUCCCUUCUAUCAGGAUGGCCAACUGCAAGUUAAAGUCUACUGGAAGAAAACAGAAGAUCCUACUGUCAACCGAUAUCAUGUGCGGUGGUUUCCUGAAGUGUGUGCCCACAACAGAACAACCGGAUCAGAGGCAUCAUCUGGCAUGACCCACGAAAAUUAUAUAAUUCUUCAAGAUCUGUCAUUUUCCUGUAAGUAUAAGGUGACUGUCCAAGCAAUACGGCCAAAAGGUCACUCCAAGGCAGAGGCCACUUUCUUCACUACUCCACCAUGCUCCGCUCUUAAGGGGAAGAGCCACAAACCCGUUGGCUGCCCUGGCGAAGCAGGUCAUGUUCUUUCUAAGGUGCUAGCUAAGCCUGAGAACCUUUCUGCUUCAUUCAUCGUCCAGGAUGUGAACAUCACGGGCCACUUUUCUUGGAAGAUGGCCAAGGCCAAUCUCUAUCAGCCCAUGACUGGAUUUCAAGUGACUUGGGCUGAGGUCACUACGGAAAGCAGACAGAACAGUCUACCCAACAGCAUUAUUUCACAGUCCCAGAUCCUGCCUUCCGAUCACUAUGUCCUAACAGUGCCCAAUCUAAGACCGUCUACUCUUUACCGACUGGAAGUGCAAGUGCUGACCCCAGGAGGGGAGGGGCCAGCCACCAUCAAGACGUUCCGGACGCCGGAGCUCCCACCCUCUUCAGCGCACAGAUCUCAUCUUAAGCAUCGUCAUCCACAUCAUUACAAGCCUUCUCCAGAAAGAUACUAAACUGUUCAAAAAGAUUUUUUGAAAUUGGGCAGAUGUGUAAGCUUGUUGAACUUCGGCCACGAGACAUGCACACUUCCAGAGGCAGUGGGAACUGCUCAGAGGCCCGUACUCUCCUAUGUGACUUUAGUGCAGGAAGAACUUCUGUCAAUCACGGAUGCAUCUGGAGCCAAGUGAGAAACAGUAGAUUGGUGAAGACAGACACCAGUUCCCUACAAGCUUGGAGAAAAUGAAGAAUAGGCCUGUUUAAUGCUAAAUUUUGUUUUCAAGUAUGGUGUCGCUCAUUUCUAUUGAAUUACAACAGAACUCAGUUUUCCCUGAAUUUGGAGUACCAAACUCUGCCCCAAAAAGGAGAGUAACAAAUACACAAUUCACACAUAACACUAAGCAUAAAUCUAAUCAAUAAAAUAUAUUUUUCACAAAAUUAUUGAUUCAAUAUGAAAAAUCAACUAAGAUUAUACAGCUUUGUUUAUUCAAAUCUUUCCUAAGAUCAUUUUUAUCCUAGGUGAUUUUUAAAUGAAAAUGUGUAAUCUAAAAUAUACCAACGAAUUUAAAUCUAAAAAUACUUCUACUUUAAGUACCUUAUGCUGCUCUUUACGCAAAGGUAAAUGAAAGUUCCCUCUAUAAAUUAUGAUUUACAAAAGACACCCAAGCCAGAGGAACUCAAUGAAAUAAGCUGCUAACCAGAUUUUACCUUGGAGAAAUGAAAAUUAUUUCUUGGGGAUGCCUUUUAAUAUUUGAUCGUAUUAUGUGAGAGAUUUUCCUGAUAUGUUAUCUUAUUUAUAUUUUCCCUUAUUUUCCGCAAUGUGGAUAACAGCUUUUGGUGCACUUUUGUUUCACCAUCUGAAAAUUCACAAAACUCCUUGCUUCAAAUGAAGAAAUCCCAACUAUUGAGCAUGUUUAAAUCUUUGCAGAGAUUUGCCUUUUCUUAAGCAAAGAAAGGUAUUUGUAUGCCAGAAUAUUCUUGGUAAUGUUUAAAAAAGGCCUUUGAUUGAUAGAGAAGGACAGUUACUUGCGUUUAACACCCAUAUGCUUUCAAAUCUAUUAUAUCUUACUUUUUGGAAAAUUUUUUAUGCUACAAAUUAGUGCCUGGUAGCAUGAACUUAAGUCAAAACGUGUUUUCACUAUGGAGUGUUACAGUGUAUGUUGUAACAACCUAAAACGCAGAGAUGUUUAAUUUAAUACCGUUUUUUUCCUUGAAGAAAUACUCACAUACAUGGUUUGAAAUGUGCAUAAAUAUGCAUGUCUAUAUAAUUAUAAAUGCAUGUGUAUAUAUAUGCAAAUAUAUGUACAUAUACAUAUAUAUACACACAGACACAUGCAUAUACAUGAAUAUACCUUGAGCAUGAAUCCCUGAAGAAAUCGUUUUCAUAGCUCACCAAUAGUGAGUAAAGAUACAGCUCUUUUAAAGGUCAUAAGGAUAAUAUAUUUUCCCCAUCAGUGCUGAUUCUGAGAAAAGAGCAAUUUAUCAAAAUUGAACACUGUCAAAGAAAGGUGUCCACAUGUCUUCACCUACCUAAGUAAAACAGGAAGAAAAUCAGUAACAUUAUCCUUAGGUUUUGACAAUGGUGCUUGCUUCUUGUUGUCCUGCUGUUUCCUGAACUCAUGCAGAUGCCUGGCCAUUCCUGGGAAGAGUGGAUAACUCAGAAGUCAUUGACUCCACGGCUUCACUGCAGUGUCUAAAGGCCGAGGCAAAUUAAAAUGCAGAGAAAAUACUUUUCCGAUGUUGAUGCAUGUCUUUAGGAAACACAUUUAUAAACAAGGAUACCUGAUAAUAGAUACUGAAACCUGUUUCCUGUGUGUUAAACUAUUUUUAAAGUGGAUAUUCCAGGAAUGUUUUGCAGCUUUGUACAAGUAACAUAAAUUGGACACCUGAUAAUGAAAGUUCAUGUUGGUUCGGAAUGGUUUUCUGCAGCUCCUGUCACAGGUUGGGAUGGAUUUAUCACAUUGAGUCGUGAAAUUACCUGGUUCUAAGAAUUUUUGAAUGGCGAAAAUAGAAAACAGUCUUCAUUUGAAAACAUCCCUAAGCUUGAAUAAAUGGAUACCAUAGAUAGCUUCUCUAAAACUAUGUUUUAUUCUGGUGUCAUCACCAGCAUCUGAAUUUCAAGUUCUUAAAAUUUCAAAAAUUAAAAUUUUUCAUUAUCAGCUAUCCAUUUAUCUUUUACAUGAACUUGUCAUGAACAAAUCCAAAUGUUUAUGCCAGCAAAUUUUUGUACUGUUACAUAAAAAUGCUGGAAGUCUAUACAUAGAUACAAAAUAUUAUUAAAUUAGUACAUAAAUUUAAUUUUAUAAAAUUUAAUCAUGCUUCUUUUGUCUGGGUAAUAGACAUUGUACAGAUAUUUUUAGUUCAGAUGGUGAUUCUGAAACUUACAUCUCCCUUAAAAAAAUCUAAAGCAGCUCUUAUGGGCUUCUAGUUUUGAUAUAAAUAAAUAAUUUAAAUUUUAUUGGUGUUAUUGGAAGAAAAAUGCUAUUAAUGGGCUAAUAAAAAACAUGUGUUUCUCUUGUGGAUUUUAAUAAGCUCCAAUAUUAUUCAAUGAUCAAAAAUAUAGUUACAAUUUUUUGAAUUUUAAAAAUGUGAUUGCUCUAAUAAAGGAUAAAAUCUAUGUUUUUUAACAAACAUAGUUUUGGUGCCUAAUUCUGUAAUAUGUUUUAUUGAAAUUAGAUUCAUUUAUUUAAUGUGAGAAAAAUAUAUCCAGUAAUAGUAUUGAAACUUUAAAAAAUUGAGCUCAUCAAAAAUAUUGUCAUCAAAUAUAGGUGGUUAAUUUGAUAUACAUUGCAGUUACAUGCAUUAUUUUUAUUUACAACAUUUGCUCCUUAAUGAUGAAUUUAUCUGUGUUACCCUGUUUUUCUACCUGGAACUCCAUAGAAUGAUGUUUGCAAACCAACGUGAUCUUUUCAGUCAUUCACUGUUUUAAUAUGGCAUGGUAGAGAAGAUAAAGUUUAUGGCAGGUAAUUUUUUGUAAUGUGUAUUAAACGAAGUUCAAAGAUUAGAAAUACAUCUGUGUCCUGAAAACCUUAGAUACAUAGCCGACUAUAUACAGAGGUUCAUCUCAACCUCAACACUAUUGACUUUUGGGGCUGGAUAGUUCUCUGUUAUGGGGGUUUGUCUUGUGCACUGUAGGUUUUUAGUAGCAUCCACACUUUCUCCUCACCAGAUGCCAGUUGCACCCUCCCCCAAGUUGAGACAACCAAAAAUGUCUCCAGAUAUUGCCAGCUACCCCUUGAGGGACGGCACCUCUGGUUGAGAACCGUUGCUAGAGAAUGAUCUUUACUGAAUAGAUGAGAAUUUGCCCUUCAUAAGAAACCUGGUAAAUUUCUAGAGCAAGUCCCAAAAACUAAGGGACAGCUAAGAAGUUAUUAUGGUUAACUUCAAAGGCCUAAACUGUGUCUUUUAUGUCCACUAAACGACUUGAUUAAAAGACAGGAUUUUGACUUGUGUCUGUAUCAUACAAGUACAAAUACUAAUUUUGCCCUAUGUAUCCGUAAAUGUCAUUUGUGAUAUUGACUUAUUUAUUUAAUGCUCUUUCUUAUGCCGUGGGUUUUCAAGUUUACUCAUUUCUAUGGUUGCAAAUAACUCUAAAACUUAUUAUAUAAACUUUCAUAUUAUAGGCAGAACACAAUGGCUAAAUAUCUGUUGCAUGUACUUUAAAGUUUAUUAUAAGAUAUAAACAGAUCUGUAAAGAUGUUGACUCCUACCUGUGAUUUUGCAUGCCCAGACUCAGUGUCAGGUACGGAGAGGAUUCUCAUGACUGUCUUACCUCUACUGAAUAUUUUAGUGAGUUAUAUGAUUUACGGAGUGAUUAACAGAGGUCUAUAUAAAAUUAUUUUCCCCCUUUACUUAAUUAUAUUGUAGUGUGCAGAUAACAAAACUGCUACCUUCUCAUCCAAGUGGUCUGUAGAAUUCAUGUCCCUUACAGUGGUCAUUUAAAGUCAAUAUUUAUUUAUGUAUGUAAUAAAAAAAGUUGGAUUUUUGUGUAUGUCUGUCAUGUUAUUUAGAGCGAAGUAAUCUUGUAAAAAUGUUUUGUAAAAAACAAAAAAGUAUUGUAAAUAGUCUUGAUAUUCUGUGACUCAUUAUUUUCAUGUUAGAGUUUGUACAUACUGGUUCAAUAAUAAAGUAUCCUUAAACCAGA